GAACUUUUCAUUUUAUUUACUAUCAUUGAGCUUAUACGGGUCACUGAACUAAAUGUCAGUUUACAAAAAAGAAUAAACAAAAAUCGCUGCCGGUGAGGAACACACAGACAAAAUGGGGCAGUACUGAGAUGUAAAGAGAUGUGAAAUAAUGUGAUAGAUUCUGCGAGAGUUACUAGAGUCAGAAGUUUCCUCUAUGUCCGGAAGCGGACGAGGGAGCGGAAGACAUGUGUCGCCAGUGCCGGGGUGUUGGUUUAGGCAGGUGGACGCUGUGAUGCGUGGUGGAACCGUUCAACAAGCCGACUUGAGAACCAGCUUUAUGCGGAGAGAGAGAACUGCUCUGUCAUCCUCCGUGCGUCACCCCCUGGAGGUUCUAAGUUUAAACGCUUUGAUUUGGGGAGCUGAAGAGUUUUGAGCUUAAAAUGACUGAAGAGCCACGAGGUGGGUCCCCAUGUUUCAGUCUAGACGUCUGAACAUAGAUUCAAGACUUAGGAGCACACGGAAGGUGGAGCCAAGGGAGAGAUUAAACAGGGCACAUCAGUUCUUUUAAAAAUAUUCUUCCGGAAAAAAAUCCCCAACAAAACACGAUUCUCUCAGCGGAAACCAGGACAUUUUCUCCUAGACUCCCACACAGAGGGCCCCGAUAAAGUAAUAAACGUGUUAACGGUAAGAACCGCAACCAAUUUCAUAGCGCAGUUUCUGGUCAUUACUCCCAGUGUGGAGCGGAUAGUCCUCUAGCAAGACCCAAUCUGGCAAACUGCUGGCUCCAUGUGGAGCCUCCAAAGGACAGACACAGUGGGGCCCUAAAUCCUGGCCGAGAACAAAGGCCGAUUUAGAGGAUCUGCAGAAAGGGAUGCACAGAACAUGCCUCAGUCCUCCCUAUGCUCGUAGCAGGCCGUCCGUAUACGCCCGUUCCUCGAGAUCGAAAGUAUCAAAUGAAUUGUUUUAAAACCCGGUACAACAAAAGACAGUAAAAAUAGAAACUGCGUAACAGUUGCUUACGUAGCAUUUGCACUGGGUUAGGCGUUAUGAAGUAAUUUAGAGACUAUUUACAGUACCCGGGAGGUUGUGCACAGUUACGUGCGAAUCCUACGCCAUUUUCUACAAGGGACUGGAACAUCCUGGACUUUGGUGUCGGCGGGAGCCCUGGAACCAAUCAAUCCCCCUCCGAUACCGAGGGAGAACCGUUUUGCUUCUCCCAGCACGGCUCUGGCUGACAGUGUGUUGGUGUUGGGAUUCGCUUCGCUGACCUCCAGGAGAAAGCUCGGCAGCGUGCUGACACGUUUUCCCAGGACCAGAUCGCUCCCGGGUGAGCGGAAGCAGGGCGGCUCGGUGCAACAAAACAGCCUAGGGCCGGGAAUUAUGGCGAACCCGCCCCCUCCCGCCGUCCCUUGGCGCACAGAUCCCCGGCGCCGCCGCUCUUGAGGUCGCCUCUCGCGUGUCCGCCUCCUCGUCGGAACGGCGCUUCCUGCAAUUUUACACAAGCGCAGCUGGGAAUCCGUUCGUCGGGAUUAAACGCUGAGCUGGCGCGCUCCUGCCGGUCUCCGGCCUCCGUUUGCUCUUCCUGGGGCUCCCUCCAGACCUUUCCCCUUAGGCUCUGCACGCCCUCCGGGCGUCCUCACACCAGACACAGGCCAAAGCCCCGGCAGAAUCCCGACGCCGCGGGAUGGGAUCUGAAUUCUCCCGGGGACUGUGGCGCAGUGAUGAAGGGCGAACAACAACAAAGGAAAGGGCGAGAGUGAGAGAGCCCUGAGAAGGAAGAAGAGGAAAGCAGAAAAGAAAUGACGAAAUGUCGAGAGGGCGGGGACAACUGAGAACGCUUCCCGCCGGCGCGCUUUCGGUUUUCAAUCUGGUCCGACAGUCUUGUAUAUCAGGGGAAGGCGGCCCUCGCCCGGACAGAAGCCGUCUUCCGGGCUGCAGCGGUCAUGUCUGGCAGAGGAAAGGGCGGAAAAGGCCUCGGCAAAGGGGGCGCCAAGCGCCACCGCAAGGUCUUGAGAGAUAACAUCCAAGGCAUCACCAAGCCGGCGAUUCGGCGUCUAGCUCGGCGUGGCGGCGUUAAGCGGAUCUCCGGCCUGAUUUACGAGGAGACCCGCGGUGUGCUGAAGGUGUUCCUGGAGAACGUGAUUCGGGACGCGGUCACCUACACGGAGCACGCCAAGCGCAAGACCGUCACGGCCAUGGAUGUGGUGUACGCGCUCAAGCGCCAGGGGCGCACCCUGUACGGCUUUGGAGGCUAGGCCGCCGCUCACGGCUUUGCACGUUUCCGUCCCAAAGGCCCUUUUUAGGGCCGACCACUUGCUCAUCUGAGGAGCUGAGCACCUGACUGCGUAAAGUGCAACAGUAACCGUGCGGGAACGUAACUUUGCCAGCGGGGCGGCAGUCGGAUCUGAAGUUAACAGACAGCUGGUGUCCGUACAACUCGCAGCCUUAGGGGGCUUCAGUCGUUGACCUUUUGCUUGCCUGGGCUUAUUUUAGCCUUUUUCCAUGCGAAAGGUCGAAUGUGCUCUAGGUUCGAGCGCUGCUUUUUUCGGUUCGCUCUUGCGCAGUGUAGGCACACCUAGGGGUGUCGGGGUCCGGACGUAAUGAGGCACUGGCCAUUUAAGCGUCCCUUGCUGUGUAAUCUCACUCUUCGCUCAGGCAAAGUGGGGAGAGUAGCCUUAGUUUUAGAGGUGCGGGCUCUCACCUGAUCCGUUCAGGUUUCGUCAGUUAACCUUUCUGGGCUUCGUUUUGCCCUUACAUAACCAGCGGGUGGACUACGUGCCUUCGUCUAAGGGUCCAUUCAUGGUCUACGCUGUCUUAAGACGCACUCAACUCACUUCAAAUAAAAGUGUGACUUUGCAGAUCAAUCUUCGUACAGUUGAAAAACGCCUUUCUGGCAAGUUAGUGCCCAGUGCCUGAAAACUGUCAUUUCUUGUGUUCAGUAACAAGGCCCCUUAACUUAAUCAAGGACCUGUGAGAUGACCGUCUCGGUCGUGGCAUUGCGAGGAUAUAGAUGAAGAGACAUUUUAAUGUGAUCCCUCUAUAAUAGUGACUCAAGGAUAUGAUCUUAAAGCAACUUCAAGAAACGGGCCAUCCAGGCCUACGAUUUUACAGCGAAAUUGGACGGUGUAUGUACUUGAGAGAAUAAAAUCUGUCAGCUCCCAAAUGAUAAACCAGUAGUUGCUUUACUGGUCUUCGGACGUGACUGCUCUCAUCAGCAUCAGACACUUGAGAAGGAACUAGGCUUAAAACACGGUACUUGGCAAUCGGGUUGCCAGCAAAGCAGCGGAUGCGAGACUUGCCCUCCAGGAGCUUAGCAUCAGACGGGAGAAGAGAAAUAAAUGCAUAAUAUGUAGGCGACAUAAAUCCACACCAGUACGCAGUUAGGAGGAAAUGGCAAAGCCAAGAGUAAGAGGCCGUACGUAUUCAAUAUGAUGAGAAACUUAGACAAUACUAUAGGAGCCCAAAUGCUACAGAUGUCACUGGCUGCUGGGAGACUAGGGAAAACUUGUCCAUGGACGUGGGGGUUUGUGUCGGACUCUGAAUAAAGAGCAGAAUGCUUGCUGUCCUACUGGCGGGUUAUCUGCCCAUUGCCUGAAAAGUAUCAUUUCCUGCGUUCAAUAAAAAGGCCCGUUAUGAGAUAUGAGCUACGUAGUAAAGGGGACGGGGGCAGGGAGGACGUGGCAAGAAUAACAUGUGUGAAGAUGUCCAGGUGGGAAACAGAAGUGUUAAUGCUCCGGAUGUUUCCUUUCCCUUUCAGAUCUGACCUGUCAUUUCCAGCAUUCCUAUUUGAAAUAUCACUGUUUUUUUGUUUGUUUUUUUUUUUUUUUAACCUUUAAAGGCAAUGCUGAUGAAUAUAUCUGAUCCUCACCAAGAUCCACUAAAGAAGGAGAUAAAAUUUGAAGAGAAAUAAGAAAGAAAGGGAGUGGGGUAGAAAACACCCGUUAUUUGAAUUAGGGUAGCCUCUCAUCCAUCCAACAAUGGAAAACACAUCCAUUGUUCUCAAAGUGUAGCCUCUCAUCUAUCGGUAUUGAUCACCUGGGAUAAAAAAAUCUUGGGCCCCACUGAAUGAGACACUGAGGGAUGAGACCGUGUAAUUGGUACUUUUGAAAAAGCCCUCCUGGUGAUUCUGAUACAUAUUAAAGUUUGAAAACCA